CAGAAUUAGAAAAAAAAAAAAAAAAAAAAAAAAAAAAAAAAAAACAGCAGACGGAUUGAUCGUACAGGCUGGUAGUUCGUCUUUCCUCUUUAGUCUUUAGAUAGUUUUUCAAAAACCGCACCGAACAAAGAAAUUGGAGUCCAAUUUUUCUCUUUAUCUCUGCAAUUUCCUUCUCAGUUGCUAUUGUACAGUUUCUACGAUUCGAAUCUUUGAGGAGUCUGCAACAUGAGUGUCAUCGACAUUUUAACCAGAGUAGACGCGAUCUGCCAAAAGUACGACAAAUACGACGUUGAAAAGCAGAAGGAUCUCAAUGUCGCCGGCGACGAUGCCUUCGCUCGCCUCUACGCUUCUGUUGAAUCUGAUAUCGAAACCGCUCUUCAGAAAGCGGAGCUUGCUUCGAAAGAGAAAAGUAAGGCAUCUGCAGUUGCUUUGAAUGCGGAGAUUCGAAGAACAAAGGCAAGAUUGUUAGAGGAGGUUCCUAAGUUGCAGAGAUUGGCUAUAAAGAAGGUUAAAGGGCUAUCGACUGAAGAACUUACUGCCCGAAAUGAUUUGGUCCUUGCUUUACCUGAUAGGAUUCAAGCUAUACCUGAUGGGACUGCAGCUCCUCCCAAACAAUCUGGAGGUUGGGGGGCUUCUUCAGUUACCCGUACUGAAAUCAAAUUUGAUUCAGAUGGUCACUAUGAAAGUGAAUACUUUCAAGAAACUGAAACAUCAAGUCAAUUCAGGCAGGAAUAUGAAAUGCGUAGAAUCAAGCAGGAUCAAGGUUUGGAUAUGAUUUCAGAAGGUUUGGAUACUCUGAAGAAUAUGGCUCAUGAUAUGAAUGAGGAGUUGGAUAGACAAGUUCCUUUGAUGGAUGAAAUCGACACAAAGGUGGACAAGGCAACAUCUGACCUUAAGAAUACUAAUGUUAGACUUAAACACACUGUUAACCAGUUGAGAUCUAGCAGAAAUUUCUGCAUUGAUAUUAUUCUGUUGUGCAUAAUUCUGGGAAUUGCUGCCUAUCUAUACAAUGUGCUGAAGAAGUGAUGAGUCAUAAUCGAUGUGCUACUGAACCUAAUUUCUUGGUCCUAUGGUGUUGGCUUUUUGUGGCUUGAUAAUGUAUGUGGAGAGACUUGUGUUCCUUGUAUUUUACCUUUGAUUUUUCUCAUGCUUGGAAAUUUUGUAUUUGUCCUUCAUGUAAAGAUUUAAGGAAUCAGCUAUAUAUUGUUUUAAUCGUCUCAAACCAUCAUGUAAUUUUAUAAUUUUUUUUAUUC